AUGAUCGGCCAUGCUACGAGUGGUGUCGCAUUAGGUGUAGCUGUCGGGCCUGUUUUCGGUGGUAUCCUGUAUCAUUACUAUGGAAAAGCAGUUCCGUUUCUCAUUCUUGCUGGAAUAGCUCUUGUCGAUGGAUUACUUCGCUUGAGCAUCGUAUCAACCGAAUCGACUCCAGAGAAGGAAAAAUUAAUUGAAGAAACUCCUGUUCCUCGCUCUUCAUCCAUGUUCAGUCUUGCUCGAGAUCCAUUAAUAUGCAUCGCUAUUGGUAAAAAUCAUACACAUGUUUCUUAUCAACUUGCUUGA